CUAUUUACAUCUUUUCUAGACUAGUCAGGAUUCCGUUGGUUUCUUCACAAACUUUGACUGAGCCUCAAGACAGAUUAAAGCUUCAACUUUACGUUUCGCAUUUAUUUCCAACCUCUAAAACCGCGCACCCACAGCGUGUCACCUUGCUCGCACAUAAUCAUGUCACCCAACAACUAAACUUGCCUCAUCCUGCCUACCUACGUUACCUAUCUCCCAGAAACUUUCGAACUCGUCCUGUCCACUUCAAAAACUUGACGGUCCGAAGAAAUCCGAAUCGUGAAUCCCAGGGGACCACAUUCUCUUCUGCUAAAGCCGGGAAGGCUACUGCACCUAAGCAAGUUUAAGCAACCAGUGAAGAUUUGCCCAACAUGGACGACUUCGACAUCGAGAUGGGGGACGUCGAGACGUUCCCUGCUACUAGCUACGAUGCAGACGACAUCCUUCCAGUCGACGAUGAUAUCCUCUCCGCCGACGAUGCACAGGAACCUGGAGAGGUAGACGAGUCGCCGAAUGCGACUACCCCGGGGGCAGACGACAAUACAGUGAUCCCGACCAAGGUCCACCUACGCGGGUUGGACACCAUGUCCCCAGAAGAUAUCAAGUCAUACUUUAAUCAACACGCCGGUGGCAUGCGAUAUGACCGCGUGGAAUGGAUUGACGACACGUCGGCAAACCUCCUCUUCGGCUCAGAAUCGGCUGCGGCGGAGGCGCUGGUGUUUUUAUCUGCCAUAGAAAUCACAAACCCUACAGCACUGCCACCGCGUGAGCUGCUUUCGGCCAAGCCCUAUACCGCCAAGCCCGACGUUGUAUUACAGGUGCGCUUUGCGGUGGCAUCUGAUCGCAAAGUCGCAGGUGCUGCGGCGCGAAGCCGGUUCUACCUCUUGAACCCGGAGUACGAGCGUCAAGAGCGCAACCAGCGUAGGGGUGGACACAGAGGAGGUAAUAGGUAUCGCGAUCGCGACGACUACGACCGGCGCUACUACAAUCGGAAUGAUGGCGGCAGGUAUGAUGAGCGAUACGAGUACGACGACGAGAAUGCGGCGCCGUUUGACGUCAACCUGUACGACGAUGACGAAUCCUCUUUGUCAAAGCGCAAGCCGAGGGCGAGACGAUCACGAUCGCGGUCAGGGUCACGGUCGAGGCCGCGCUCGGGCGGUUCGGGAUCGGACGGCAGCGGGCGGCCUGAUAACAGCGGCAAGGAGCUUUUCCCGGACCUCGGCAAAAAGAAGGAGCGGCGCAGCGGUGUACGGAACCGUUCGGCCUCGCCCGCGCGUAGCGAUCGCGACGGCGACGUCAGAAUGGACGGCGAACGCACCAGGUCUUCGGCAGUCCGGAACAGAGACAAGGCUCAACAGAUAAAAGAACUCUUCCCUAACAAGCUUGCCUCGGGUGGCAAGGUGGCGCAGAUGGACCGGGUCGAUAAGGUCGACAGUGUCAGCAAGCGCCUCAGCGAUCGAAUCACGACGAGACCUCAACCAGCGACAAGCGUUACAACAGGGAGUGGCGAUACGCUCAACAUUCGCGGCAUCUCGAGAUCACAGGCUGGCGAUGCUGGGACAGGCAUAUCCAUAAAAGGUCGGGCUACGGCUAAGGAGCUGUUUCCCGAGAAGUUGGGUAAUGCCGGAAAGGAGCUUUUUGCAGACAGGAUAGAAGGUCGGGGUCGUCCUAGAAGAAAGGCCGAGGACUCGUUUUAUUAAUAACAGUCACUGGGGGCAUGGUACCUUUAUUCUUGCGCAGCAUCGUCGAAGGCAGUAGUACACCGAGCGAAAGAUUCAAAGUUUAUCAAACUCUUAGUCUACAGGACAUCUUUUACUCCAUUGUGUUGUCUGCUUCCCGUCAUAUGGAUAGUUGAGACAUUGGGCAUGGGCUCAGGCAAAAAACAAAGACCAGCUCGCAUUAUAUUUGACUACUUGAUGAUACCCAUAUGCGGACGGCCAAUCUCUACACGGAGUGGCUCUUGGGUGGUUAUGGGAAGACGGAAAAUCAAAUGAGAUAAAACCAUCGUGGAAGUUGGAUCGUUCAGGACCAAAUACUUUUAGAGCAAGGGAGAAAAAUAAGCCAGGCAUGAAUGAAUGCUCGGUCUUUGCAGCGGCGAUUUCAAGGGUUAGAGGCAGC